AUGAAGAAGGCAUUUAGAUCGCAAAAAUUCCAUGGCGAUUAUAAGAGCUUGGAUGCUGCAAUUGUUAAGGCAACAAGCUUUGACCAUUCAUUACCAAAGGAAAAACACAUUCGAUAUAUUUUCCAGUCACUUUCUCCAUCAAAGCCUCGCAGCGAGGUUGCUUAUUGUAUACAUACUCUUGCAAGGCGUCUCAAGCAAACUACCAAUUGGGCUGUUGUUUUGAAAACACUUAUUAUCAUGCAUCGCGCCAUGAGAGAACUUGACAAUACUGUUUGGGAAGAGCUUGUUAACUAUACUACAGGUAGAGGCCAUUUGAUUGAUCUAUCUCACUUUCAUGAUUCCUCAAUGCCAAAUUCCUUGGAUUAUUCUGCUUGGAUACGCAACUACGGUCUUUACCUCGGAGAGCGCCUGCAAUGUUUCCUCAUUGUCAACCAUGAUGUCGCAACCUAUACCUCAAAAUCUUCUUCGGAAAAACUUGAAACCAAGGAAUUGAUGGAGCAGUUGCCAGCCCUACAAAGUCUUCUCUUUCGGCUACUUGAUUCCAAGCCAGGGGGUGCAUCUGCUUUUAAUCGCUUGAUUCAGUAUGCUCUUUCCAUGAUUGCUGGCGAAAGCGUGAAAAUAUAUGUUGCAAUAACUGUUAGAGUGGUGGAAUUACUUGACAAGUUUUUCGAAAUGAACCGUGACGAUGCUGUUAGUGCACUAAAGAUAUAUAGAAAAUCAGGAAGUCAGGCAGAGAGGUUAUCUGAGUUCUUUGUCACCUGCAGGGGCCUAGAUUUUGGAAGAGGACAGAAAUUCGUCAAUAUUAAACAGCCUCCUGCAUCCUUUAUAGCUACCAUGGAAGAAUAUAUCAAAGAGGCUCCCAAUACCUUAAUGCUCGAGUACGACGUGAAUGACAAAGAGGAAGGAGGUACUGGUAAUGAUGUAGGCGAUUUGGUGAGUCUAGACGAGUCAGAUCCUUCUCCGGCGGAAGGGAAUGAGGCUACUGCACCAACACAAGCAGCUGAUCUUAUGGGUUUGUAUGACUUACUAACAGGUGCAUCUGAAUUUGAUGAAAAUCCCCUUGCAUUGGCGAUUGUUCCAACCGAAAGUUCUAUAAGUUCCAGCAACGAUGAGAAUGAAGCCAGUCCUGUAACAGGAUGGGAAGUUGCACUCUUUACAGACCAAAAUAUAGUUGCAGAUAAUAUAGAGGGUGAAGAACCGGGCAUGUUAAAACUUGAGGGCUUAUACGAUGAAGCUGUUGCUGCGGCACAACAUGAUGGAGGUUACGAGAUAGGCCAAGUGAAUUCAAAUCCUUUUGAUUUUCAGGCUAUUCAUGAUCCUACACAAUACAACAUGGCAUUGGCGCCUCCAAAUGGUUUCUAUGUUAAUCCCGACAUUCCAGGCCAAUUUGUAAGCAUGCAACCGUACCAAGUUUCUUAUAAUACACCUCAACAGCAACAGGAGGAGGAACCAUACCAAAUGGUUAAAAGAUCCACGAAUCCCUUCGAUGAACCUAAUAUUUUGCCACCACCUUCUACCUCGAGCGUGCAUCAACAUCCAACUCAGAAUUAUUUAAAAGGAGAUACAUGUCCAUUAUCGCCUCCAUAG